UGAGAGAGAGAGAAAUGGAAGAGAAGAAGUACGUAGCGAGGCCGAUGAAGAGGCCUUCCCGUGACUGCGAGAAGUCGGAAAGGCCGACGAAGAGAACGUCCAUGGAAGUGGUGACGAUUAAUGACGAUGAUGACGGUGGAGGAGGCCAAAGGUUAUAUAAGUUUCGAUUGUUGUUACCAAACGGUAUGAGCUUGGGACUCAAAAUCCGAGAUCCUCAAAUGGAAAUGUCUAUCGAAGAGUUUGUUGAGCUAGUGAAAGAAGAGUAUUUCAGGGCUGUGCGUCUAACGAAUCCUCAGAAGCCCAAGCGAAGGAUUAAUUGGAAAAGCAACGACUUGCAUUUUGUGGAUGUUUUCGAUAACGUGAUCGCGAGAAAAAUCAGUUUCAAGAAUUUUAUGCCCCAUAAGUAUCACAUUCUAACGCUUCAUGAUGGUUCAGGGGAAGCAGAGACUUAUGAGAAUAUGUGGGAUCUGACUCCAGAUACCGAAUUGCUGAUGGAGCUACCUGCAGAGUACACAUUUGAGACUGCGCUUGCGGACCUCAUUGAUAAUUCCUUGCAAGCCGUAUGGUCCAAUGGUGUAAAUGAGAGGAGAUUAAUUAGUGUGGAACUUGAUGAUGAUAGAAUUUCAAUUUUUGACACUGGCCCAGGAAUGGACGGUAGCGAUGAAAACUCCAUAGUUAAGUGGGGAAAGAUGGGUGCUUCUUUGCACAGGUCAUCGAGAGGGCAAGGAAUAGGAGGCAAACCUCCAUAUUUAACGGUAUAAUAAGUUGUAAAAUCUUUUCCUUAUGC